AUGGGUGCCAUCGACGCCGUUAGGCGUGGUUUCUCUCCUCCCUGGGUAGACGCGGUGGUUUCCAUUGCGCCAGUCGAGCUUCUCGAAACAAGGGAACUGGCGCUUUUGGCUGUGCACCCUGAUGGAAGUGUCACGGCAUGGUCACCGCAGGAUCCUAGCGUUCUGCUGAUGCGCAAACGACCCAUGGAUGUCUCUUGUGUCGCGACAACUUAUGAAACGGUACAGCACAGCUCCCUGGCAUGGUUUGGUGCAUCGACUACUGUACAGUGCUGCCGCGCCCGUUGUGGUGAGGGCAGGCACGUUCAUCUCCAGCUUCUAUACCACCUGCGACUGGAUGUCGUCUCAGGUAUACGGGAGUUGCAUACCGACGGAGCUUCGCUCGUUGCAGUUAUCAACUGUGACUCACCUGAAGUGAUCUUUUGGCCUGCCAUUGGGCAUGUAGUCAACGCCCAUAAUAUUGAGGAGCAGGCAGAGCGUUGUGUCUUCCGUCGCAUAUUUGGUUCCCAGGCAACGUUCGUGGGUACAGUGCUUGGGGACGCGUCCUCGUUGCUCCUGACAGAGGACACGGUUUGGAUCGGUUGCACGAGCGGUGCCCUUGUCUUGGUAGAUGGGAAAGAUACUGAAUUGGAUGGCAAUCCAUUGUUUAACCUUCGCACGGCGGGGGCGUGUUCUGUGACGGCCUUGGCAUUGUUAUCACACCCUUUACACAAUUCCGUGGUGGCAAGUGGAUUAGAAAAUGGGGAUAUCAUUUUGUGGUCAGCGCGCGAUGGGGCGCAGCUUGGGCAAUACUUUGUACAUGCCGGUGCAAUUUGCUCCAUGGCAUACUUGCCGUGGUGUGUGGGGCUGUGCACUGUCAGUGCGACGCGAGAGGUGUUUUUCUGGGGGUGGCAGGAAACACCUGGUUUUUUACUACUUGUGGAGUGUGGCGUUCUCGGCGAUGACAUGGGGUCAAGUGCGCCACGGUGUUUGUGCCCCUUACGUGACACGGAGCUGCUGGCUUGCGGGGGCGAAGCAUCCCACAUAUUGCGUUGGAAGCCGCAGGAAAAGCCGGAUGCCGUGGCGGAACUUCUUUCAACUCUGCCGCCUGUUCUUACCGGUCGUCCGCAGCUGCCGCCAGGGGAACUGCCGCACCUCCGGGCUGAACCCCGUUCACGGCGGGAGUCUGCCACCGCCGACGAGACGGACCUGCGAAAUACCCAUCACAAUGCCCUCGUCACUCGCAUGGGCGCUUAUGGGCCACCAAGAAAAGGGGGCGAAGCAGAAGUGGAGGUUUCCCACCAGGGCACGCAGACCUCAGCCUCCGUGCAACUGCCUGCCGACGCUGUUGAGAGCAGUUACCUGGUGGCGGACCUAAAGCUGCAGCUGAGGGCGGCGCAGCAGCAACGCGAUCAGUUAUUGGAGAAACUGAGUGAACUGGAAAAGGCUGGGCAAAGGCCAAAAGAGCUGUCCGAAGCAGAGUCGACGUCCUCAGGAGAGGAAAACGCGGCGCUGGCGAGCUGCACUGCGAGGCUGGGCUCCAAGUUGGACGAAGAGGGGCGGCAUCGGCCUCCCCAACGCGCACUGAGAGCGGACAAAAUGGUGGGCACAAGCGACAAUCCAUCGGGGCGGCAAGUCUUCCUCUAUGCCGUCCCACAAUCGGACCGUGGCACCCAAGCGCCCUCGUGCGGCAUGAGCCCCUGCAUGGGAGAAACGAAGCAGCAGCAGAGAAGGGAGGAGAACGGGAAGGAAAUGACACUGCCAGUGAUGAGUUGUUGUUCUUUGAGACAGUCGCCGCCGCGGUGUUUUUUAGAAACGCCCGAGGAGUUCUCUUCUGGGACAGUGCGGUUGCGUAAUGCCCCUACGGAUGAACCAACACAGCAAUCUGCUCUGGCGAAUGCUUUGGCCUCUAACCAUUAUGGGACCUCACACCCGUUGAGUGCUGUCCCAAGUCAGUUGCUGCAGGAGGAAAAAGAAGGCACCGGUUUGGCGUGCAUUGUGGAGGCCUUACAGGUGCAGCUGUCACUUAUGGAGGUUCUGUUGCGGAAUUACCGGGAAGCAUCUGCCGCAACAGAUUCUCUCCAGUUUUACUCCACAAAUAUUUUAUCAGAUGUGUAUUUAAUGACACGAGAUAUUUUGGGUGCUGAAGCGGGCUCAGCCAUCGUACAAGAGGCGUUGGAAGGCAUGCCGCUCUCAAACGAAAUUGAGGUGAUCCGCAAACUCUUCCUCAUUCUCUGUCAUAGGUGUCGUGCCACUUUGACGCAGCUGCCGCCCCGGUCGAAGUAG